AUGGAUGAGACGAUGAUACAGGCUGCGCAAACAGGAGAUAUUAACCUUUUGUAUGAGUUGAUUCUGAAUGAUCCAUACGUUUUAGAGCGUAUUGAUGCUGUGCCUUUUUCUCAUACUCCAUUGCAUGUAGCAGCUUCUGCUGGGCAUAUUGAGUUUAUGAUGGAGAUGAUCAAAUUAAAGCCAACGUUUGCAAGAAAGCUAAACCAAGGUGGGUUUAGCCCCAUGCACUUGGCUCUGCAAAAUGACAGAACUCAAGCUGUGCUUCGACUCCUCAGGUUUGAUGAAGGCCUUGUUCGUGUCAAAGGGAGGGAGGACCUCACUCCUCUGCAUCAUGUGGUUCAAACUGGAAAUGUUGAUCUUUUGAUCAAGUUACUUAAGGUUUGUCCUGAGGCUAUUGCAGAUGUGACUGUUCGAGAUGAGACGGUAUUCCAUCUUGCUGUGAAAAACGACAUGUUUGAAGCUUUCCAAGUCUUGGUGGGGUGGCUUAUAAGAAGCCCACAUAAGUCUGCCCAACGUUGGCAGAAAGAACUACUGAGUUGGGCAGACAUUGAUGGCAACACUGUGCUACACAUUGCUGCUAUCAAAAACAGACCUCGGGUGGUGGAAGUAUUGCUGGGACACUUGCGUCGAGACCAAAUCAAUGCUAAAAAUUUGGAGGGAUUGACAGCACUAGAUAUCCAAUCACAAUACCCAUGGCAUGAAAGGCAAGCGGAUAGGAUUAUAGAUAUGCUAAGCAAAGCAGGAGGUUUGAGCGCGUCCUCUUCCUCGCUUCCCAAUGCCUCUAUCUCUUCAUCCCACAUCGAAUUAUUAAAGGAAAAGAUGUUAUGGUAUGAAAAAUGUGCAACAAGAGCAGGUCGAGAAAAGAACGGUAUGCCAUAUGAGAUACGUAACACAUUUCUUGUAGUGACAGUGCUAAUUAUAACAACCACUUACGAAGCCUCUUUAAACCCUCCAAAGAUGUCAGAUGACAGUCAUGUCCAUCCCUGA